UCCACACCCUGCAGAGCCAGAGAAGUUCCUCCGCAUUCCUGUCCAACAAACCCGCACACAUCAACACCACACUGACAGAAAGCUGAGAGGAAGCACUGUCUGGAGCUGCGCAGGAGUUUACGGAGGGCCUGACGAAGAACUGGAGAGCAGAACCACCCAAUCAUCAUUGGCGCCCUACUAGUCUCACCAUGAGGAAGGCAGCUGAUGAUGAAGGUGUGCCUGGUGGUCGAGGUGAACCCGCUCUGCAGUUGGGUGGGGAGGCUGCGGGCGGGAAGCUGCCGAGCAAACUGAGCGCCUCCUCCUUUACACCAGGAUGGACCAAAGUCAGCUGCCCCUGCUGUGCCUCAGAGCGGGUCGAGCCGCUGGUUCUGGUGAAGCUCGGACCGAAGGUCGUCCCCGAGACGAAACGCUGGCUCAUCAAACUGAUCGGCGCUCCUCAGAAGGAUGGAGGUGCCGGGUUAUUGGCUCACCCAGGCGAGGACGCCACUGGUAACAUCAUCGCGUUGUCUGCGCCGCGCUGUACGUUACUGCGAACCACGGAGGAGCUGGGUCUGUGCAAGAUCUACCACAACGGUGAAAUGGAGGCCUUCGCUUACAACGACAGAGACAACUUCAGAGAUUCAGACAACAUGGAGGUGUUUCUAACGUUGGCUGAGCGACAGUACAUCAUAAAGUACGAGCUGGACGGUCUGCGGGCCCAGAAGGACCAGAGGAUACCCGGCAUGCCCGACAGCUGCACACUGCAGAAGCGAGACAACAUCUGGCAGAAGCUAGGACAAGCUGGUGUCAUUGUAGACACAUUUCCUCUCCACAACCCGGGCAAGCUAAAGGACCUUAGUGAAUCUUGGUACUCUGGGAAUCAGCUGGCUCAGCCACUGGACAAAGUUAAUGAAUAUUUUGGAAGUUCUGUGGCCUUCUACUUCAGCUUCCUUGAUUUCUACACCUGGUCACUCCUUCCACCGGCAAUAUUGGGCCUGUUCAUCGCAUAUUUCUCAAGAGAGGUUCAGAGGGAAAUGCUGCAGUCAGUCUCUGGGUCUCAGGAGGAGGAAGGCCAGGAUGAACCAGAGCCUCUCAUCAGCGGUCACAUGCUUCAGGCCUUGUUCAGCAUGCUCUGGUCCACAGUUGUCAUAGAGCUGUGGAAACGCCGCAGUUCCUCACUGUCGUACCAAUGGGGCACACUGAACCUCGCAGAACGCUUCGCAGAGCCACGGCCAGGUUUCCACGGCGACCUCGGGGUCAACCCUGUGACCGGUCGUGUGGAGCCGCUGUUCCCCGAAUGGAAGAGGGACCUGCGUAUGGCGCUGGUGUCUGUCCCGGUGGUGGGGCUGUUCCUAGGACUGGUGGUUCUGGGAAUGAUGUGUUUCUACUGGGCAGAGGCCCGGGUGCAGUGGCUGCACAAAGAUUGGGACUCCAUGAUAUCUCAGACUUUCCUUUACGUGCCGUCAGUCCUCCAUAUUGUUUACACAAAUAUGCUUGCCACCGUUUACAGGACAGUUGCCAAGUCUUUGACGGAAUAUGAGAAUCACAGAGAGGAGUCUGCCUAUGACAACCACAUGACAGGCAAAAUCUUAGUGUUCACCUUCUUCAACAACUUUGCAGUGCUCUUCCAUAUUGCCUUCUUCAAGCAGGAUGUGCCGUUGCUUCGAAAGCGUUUAGCUUCUUUGCUGAUCAUCUCUCAGCUGGUGAACCAGAUAACAGAAGUGGUCAUACCUUUCCUUGUGGACCGAUUCAUCAGUGCCCCCCACAGGACAGAGAGCAAAGACGACCCAGAAGAGGAAAAAUUUCGGAACCAAGGCACCCUUCCUACUUUUCCGGGACUGUUUGCAGAAUACAUUGAGCUGCUGGUGCAGUUUGGGUAUUUGAGUCUUUUCUCCUGCGUGUUUCCUUUGACUGCUGUCCUGCUGCUCCUCAACAACCUAACAGAAAUCAGAUCGGACGCUUACAAAAUUUGCAAACUCUUCCGCAAACCCUUUUGUCCUCCUGUGGCCAGUAUGGGUGUGUGGAAGGUUGCCUUUGAGGUCUUGAGUUUUGUGUCAGUGGUCUCCAAUGGUUGGCUGCUGCUGCUGUCUCCACGUCUGCAGAAGAUGAGUCAGGAGGCCGGGAUGAGCAGCAGCAACCUUCUGAUGGGGGCUGUUAUGGUGGAGCAUGUCCUGAUAUUAGUAAAGGUGAUCAUGGCUGCCCUGAUACCAGAUGAGCCUGACUGGAUCCGGAAAAAGAGGGAGCAUAUUGAGUACACAUCUAUGCAAGCCCUCAGACAGCAGAAGCUGAACACUCAAGAGUCCUAAUUUUGUUUCAAGAUUGAAGUCGUGCUCAGUGUCUCGGGAGGUAAAACCAAAGAGGACAACAGAGCUCAAGAGUGUCCUGUAUCGUCCCACAGCUGUGAUUUUGCUCCAAGUGUUCUUGUUGACUUUACUAAUUCACACAGUGCUUUUGCUAUUUAAACAUGUAACAUUUUAUGCAUACUGCAAGUGCAAUUAACACAAGCAGCUAAAAGUGAAUUUAUCCUUAAAAAUGCACCAAAUGGAUUGCCAGGACUUCAUUCACUGCAUCAGAGUCUUGUGAGAGGCUUUACUAAGGAUGCAGAUUAUACAGUUAAUAUAAAAAGAGACACAGUAUUUCAAGUUACUCGUGCCAAAAACAGGCAGAAUAUUUGCCUCAUUGCUGCCACCUGGUGACAAUAGACAGUCAGUGUCCAGGAUUUAGAGCAAGAGGACAAUAUCAAUAAAAAGAAAGAGUGAGCUGACUUUAAAGCUACUUUUAGCAAUAUCUGAUGUACAUCGUCCUUACCCAGGUGUUUAAUAACAACAUUUAAAAAGUUACCAGGGAUUCCUCUAGUUAUGCUGUAAUGACUCUUGGUGCAUCUCAAUGCAAUACAUGCUCCAAAACAUUACGACCACAAACAUCCCGUCUCUGGUAAACGUAACAAUAACAAGACCUACCAUAUGAAAUUGUAACGUUGCAAUACUAAUAUCUGAGUGACCCACCUAAACACUGUUCAUACCACUUCUCAAACACUAAACCGCUUAAUUUUAGUGUCCAAGAACUUGAAUAAAACGACAGAUAUAUGUGUUAAAUACAUAAAAGCAUUUUAAAGUAGUUAUCCACAUUUUUAAGCAAUUCACUGAAAUAGAUGAAAAUUUGUUUUACUCGACUUUAUCCAUCAAAAGUAUUCGCCAGCACGGUAAGCAAUGCCAAAGAGAAGAUGAUCGGUAUGCUCUGCAACUAAGUUCCUCUGCAGGCUACCAGUCGGAUCUUAAGAUGGCUAAAUUAUUUCAUGAUUGACAGAAAACAAAAAAACAAAACAAAAAUUAAAACAAAUCCUACAAUGUUUCUAUGUGAUUUUCACUAAAUGAAUUCAAAAAGUGAAUUCAUGCUUUGAAAAUUAACUAUGUCGAGUUUGCAUUUAAGUUGCUGCUAAAUAACUAUUCACAUCUACUGAAUUGAAAACCUUGGUUGUAACAACUGAUAGUUUUUAUUCAACUGUUUAGACCUAGCUAUUAAGUUUAAGGGUUUAGACAUUGUACAACAACAUGGAGAUUUCAAAGAAGCCUCUCGAAAGAAACUGCUAAUAUAUGACAGGGUUUACUUACGGAGUACUGUCCGUGGGCUUUAUGGUCGCUUCUCAAAGUCGAAACACGACGUUACAAAUUUGUCAAAUAUCCGGCGCCAUGUUGGCUUAUGUUAGCUAACAGCUAGCUUAUUCCGGCGGCAAGCUAACAGCUGGGUUUUUUUAGCUACUCUUUAUAUCAUAAAUAAAUAAAUAAGAGUUUAAUUUGUUAUAUUUUUUACAUACUCCGUUGUUUACUUGACGUAAACGCUAGAAUCAAGUAUCGGAUGCCACAACACUGAAGAUAGUACCAUUUUGUUGCAUCGUUUUCUUGGACAACAGAAAAACUACGGAAGAAGAUUGGGCCAAAUUCAGGCAUUUUUUUCCCCUCACAAUUCUGACAUUAAAGUCAUUUUUAUAAUUUAUCAGCUUAAUUACGUUAUCAUCCCUUACUGCGCUGAGAACAGAAAAGACAAAAUAAAAAACCAAAGUCGAUUUUGUUUUUUGUUUUUUGCUUAGCAAUUUUCAAUGAAGGUUAAGCGUUUUCUUAAAAAUCAUUUUUGAAAACAUCUGUAUUCUGUGUUUCAGGUGUCAAUAGAAAAUUCAUGCUAUGGGAAGAGACCAAAGCUGUGCAGUGAUAUUGUUUUGAAUAUUUUGUUUUAUUUGUUUGUUUAUUUUUUUGUUUGUGCACCAAUUUUGCAGUUCUGUGGCCCUAACCGCAUUAACUUAAAGUCAAAUAGUGCAUGUUGUUAUCACGAUGAUACGUGUUCACCGAUGAUGGUGUUAAUUUGGUAUAUUUAAAGGGCAGUUUUAAAACCGACAGUGACAGUCGGUUUUUGUAUAUUUGCUCAAUUUCUACUCUUAUUGUAUUUAAGUGUUUAGUCUUUUUAGCCACCAGGCGUCGCCACACACUGACCUUGAUGGUGAUGCAGCUUGUAUAUGCAAUCCUGGCGGUUGCAGGUCUGGUGGUUUCCUUUCAACCUGCUGCAGCUGUAGAUUUGCAGACUAAACACAAAAUAUGGAUUUGGGUGUGUGUGGGGGAGGGUGUGUGUGUGCAUGUGUGUGUGUGUAUAUUGGGUACUCGGUGGAGGAUGUGUAGAUGAAGACAAUCUGACUGUAGGGUUUUAAAAGCCGGCGGUGUUUCCUGGUUGUAAUAAUAGUCACUUGAAAAUGUGUUUAUAGUGAUGUGUGUGUUUUUAAAGAAUUAAAGUUACUAAUUGUAAUUUAAACUCUUUUCUUUUUAAAGGUGCAGCUGAAGUUUUUGUUCUGUUCAUUUCUUUAUAUACGUGUAUUCAGCAGCUUGACAUUCUUGUAAUCUUUCAAAUAGUUGCCAAUUAAAUAUACAUUUAAUUA